UGAAAUGAACUUAUUUUCUAUAGUCUAUAAGGAAAAGAAUAGUUAUAAUAACUUAUGUUUUAUUUGAUUUACAAAAUAGUCAAUAUGCGUAACUUUUUCGUGGGAGAGUAGCCAGUAGCGCCUGCUAGUACUUCAAAUCACAAAUAGUAGUUUAAUUCAAUCUUCCACAUUCUUGACAUUAUUAUGUUGCUGAAAUGUGGUCAUGGGGCGCCAAUUCACAUGGACAGCUAGGCUUAGAUUCAACAAGUGAACAAAUAGACAAACCCACUGAAGUAUCAACAGAACAUUUAAGUGAUAUUCAACAGAUUGCCUGUGGUGGUGGACACACAUUAUUACUAGCUGAAAAUGGGAAACUUUUUUCAUGCGGCUGGAAUUCAAGGAGACAAUUAGGUUAUGAACAGGAAGUUUAUACAUUCAAGCGAGUUUGGGGUUUAAGCGGUAUACAUUUUAUGAACAUAGCCUGCGGCUGGGAUUUCAGCUGUGGUGUUACUGAUGAUAAAUUCUUAUUUGUUUGGGGAUCUAAUAGUUAUGGCCAGUUAGGUCUACCUAAAAAUGAAUUUCCAGAUGAAGUGAAGCCAGUCAGGUUACAAGUCAAUGCAUGUUCAGUGUCUAUGGGAUUGAGACAUACAGCCAUAAUAAAUUCGAAAGGUGAGGUAUGGACAACAGGAUGUGGAAGGCAUGGCCAGCUAGGAUUAGGUCAUGAUGUGUUAAAGGCAGACAGAUUUCAAAGAGUUCCUAAAUUAAGUGUUAUUUCUCACAUAGCAUGCGGACAGAACCAUACUGUAGGCUGGAGUUCUGAGGAAAAAGCUUUAUAUGUGUGGGGUGAUAACAAACACGGACAAUUACUUCUCUCUUCUGAAAAAUAUAAAAGAAUUUAUAAACCUGAAAAAAUUGAUAUUGAUGUGAAAAGAGAUGUAAAAAAGGUAUUGAGUGGCUGGACAAAUGUGUUGCUCUGGUUACAAGAUGGGUCUCUUCUCACUUGGGGGAGGAACAAUUAUGGGCAGUUGGGAACUGAUGCCCUUUUCACUGGGAAAAUUAUUCACAUAAACUUACCAGGUGGAAGACAAGUCAAAGAUAUAGUUUUAGGCUCUGAGCACACUGUAUGUUUAGCUACUGAUAACACGCUAUGGGCAUGGGGUUGGAAUGAGCAUGGCAACACGGGAACAUCUUUAGGAGACUGCAUCUUCCAACCAGUUAGGGUACCCAUUGACAGCAAAAUAAAGAUAUCCCAAAUAUAUGCCGGCAGUGCCCACAAUUUCAUAGUAAUGGACAAAAGUCCAGCAGACAAUACAUACACUCCCGAAGAUAUUGAUUGAUACAAUUAUUGUCUCUAUGCCUAAUCUUUUUUACAUUAAAAUGUUGCAUUAUUUUCUAGUCUCAUAUUAAUGUGAUAACAUGUUGAGAAAAAUAUAUAUUUGUUAAUAGA